GAUCCAAGUGAUGUCAGAGACAAUGUAAGGGAAUGGCUCUGUAGGAGUGAAGCUGAUCAACGUGAUAAGUUGUUAGCCUGUGGGACCCUUAUUGUUGCAGAACUUAGGCUGCUGGUUCUAAAAGAGACUGAAUUCACUUGUUCUGCUGGCAUUGCUCAUAAUAAGAUGCUGGCCAAACUAGCAAGUGGUAUGAAUAAACCUGCACAACAAACUGUUGUACCAUUCUCAUCUGUCAAGGGAUUGCUUGAACCGUUGCCGAUAAAGAAAAUGAAACAGCUUGGGGGAAAGCUUGGGAAUUCUUUGCAACUUGACCUUGGUGUGAACACUGUUGGGGAUCUAUUGCAGUUUUCAGAGGAGAAGCUACAAGAACAUUAUGGGAUAAAUACUGGUACUUGGUUAUGGAAUAUUGGGAGGGGAAUCAGUGGGGAAGAGGUUGAGGGUCGCCUUCUUCCCAAGAGUCAUGGUGCUGGGAAGACAUUUCCUGGACCUCGGGCCUUGAAAACGAUUGCUUCU